UCAUUCUUGAACCUCAUAUUCCUUUAAAUCCCAAGGCUUCUUCACUUUGUUUCUUCUUCAUUGAAGAUGUCUUCUUUCAGGCAUAGAGCCCUUAUGAUUGCUCUACUCGUUGUCGUGUCAGCAGUUGUGUCUGAAGGUCGUGUUGCGAGAAAAGAUCUUGGACUGGACCUUGGAGGAGGCCUAGGACUUGGAGUUGGAGCUGGGAUAGGCGUUGGUUUGGGAGGUGGUAGCGGUUCGGGAUCAGGAGCCGGAGCCGGGGCUGGUUCGGGGGGUUCAAGUUCAAGCUCUUCGUCAAGCUCAUCCUCUUCAUCCAGUUCUUCCGGUGGGUACGGUGGUGCCGGCUCUCGAGCUGGUUCAUCUGCCGGUUCCUAUGCCGGGUCUGGUGCAGGUUCCGAAGCUGGUUCAUCUGCUGGCUCGGAGGCUGGGUCAGGACGAGGCCGCGGCCGCGGCAACUAAUUAAGCAUUCCUCCUUAAAAAUGAAACAUAUUAUUACCUUGUGUGCUUGAAUAAAUGUGGCGAUGAGUAAUUUUAAUA